AACCUUUGUUGCUAGUUAGCUCUCCCAACAAUGAUCAUAGCUAUCCAGAAACAGCUCUCGCUUAUCAUGUCUUAUCUCUUAUCUGUGUUCUAAAAUAAUACAAAAUUUUACAUUUUCUCUCUUAUGUAUAAAAUAAUGUGUGCGACACCUAUGCAACUUUAGAGCGUGUGUUGUAGGAAUAGAGGACUGUUGUUAUUUCAGAAACCAGCAUAUUUGCAUUAGGAAGUUUCAAGCACAGUGUAAUUUGGUUAUGCUUGUGUGAUGGGUGUGAACAUGUCAGUUUUAUAUCACUCUGUAGAUACCUGGAAAAUAAUAUGACAGGAACAGCACACUUUCAGCAGACAGCUGUCAAAGACCGAGGACGGAGAGCGAUGUCUCGAAUUAUAAGUCCACGCCUGUCGAUUCGUGAGAACGGCCUUCUCUUUAAUUUACUAAAUCAGGAAUGCAAUGUAUUAGCAUGCGGUAUUGUUCAGCUGGUAAUCGCAGACCCCCCAAAAGAAAGAAAGUGGAAAAUUUACAGUUCUGGAGUUGCAUGUCUUCUGCAAGAUAAAACCAAACAUUCGACAUUUAUAAGACUUUACUGUCUUAAGAAAGCCAAGAUGCUAUGGGAACAAGAGCUGUAUACACCGUUUGUGUACAAAGAGGCUUGUCCCUUUUUCCAUACUUUCUCUGGGGAUGAGUGUCAGGCAGGGCUGAACUUUGCUGAAGAGGAGGAUGCAAAGGAGUUUUAUACUGCUGUGCAGAAGCAAAUCAGCGACAGUAAAGCGCAUCCGGUACUUGCACGCAGCUACUCGGUUUCUGGAUUGAAAGAGAAACUUGAAAACUGUCUUGGUCUUGGUGACUCCAAAGAGUUUAAGAGGCAACCUCUGAGCGGUGAAUCUGAACCUCCACACCAUGUUGAUUCAGAGGAAACGCUCCCAGAGAUCAAUCCUGCGGUUUCUCACACAAUGCCCAGUCAGGCGUGUGACUCUUCACAGACUCUCUACUCUGAUGAAGACACUGUGUCACUCGCCAAGAGAAAGGGACCCCUCCCACUUAUUCCUCUUCAUGCCAGAGCAGCCAUGGUGAAAUUAAAAUUACAAAGUGGUAUGAUGCAAAACUCUGUUUCAUCCACCUUGUCCGCCAGUUUACCAGGGGUGCCACCUCCUCCGGCCUUCACCGCCCCCAAAGUCCCACCAACUGUUUUAAAAAAAAGUGCUAGCUUUGCACCGGUUAAAGAUUUCUCCUCGGGUGCAGUUAAGCGUUUUCAAAGUUUUCAUGUUUACGCUGACAUGCAGGGAGAAUCUAGUUCUGGAAAUUACCAGUAAAAUCAUCUUCCUCUCCAUCACUGUGGCACAGCAUUAAAAUCAGUAGGAUCUGCUCAAAUAAAAUAGUCAUGAUAUACUAUUAAAUAUUUUAUAUUUAACUAUCUUUUUAUAUAGUCUGCUGCACAAAUCUAGAUUUUUUUAGCAUGAAUAUGUUUAUGUACUCAAUAAUAUAAAAAAUACAGCUCAGGUUGAAAUCUAAAAACAGCAGAUAUUGUCAAUUAAAGGGACACUCCAUUUUUUUUGAAAAUAUGCUAAUUUUCCAGCUUAAAUUUUCUGUCACUCUUAGUACACGAUGUAACUACAGAAAAGUCAAGUUUUAAAUAGGAAAUAUAUCGAAACUCUUUGGUUAUUUUUUGCGCGAUGCUAAUGGUCUAAUCAGAUUCAAUGGAUUAUGCUAAGCUAUGCUAAAAGUGGUACAACCAGACCCAGCGAUCAGCUGAAUGGAUUCCAAAACGGUAAAAAUGUUUAUCUCUAGGGGAGCUGGAAAAUAAGCAUAUUUUUUAAAAAAGUGGAGUGUCCCUUUAAAUAAUGUUUUGAUUCUCAGUAAAUAAAAUCUGUCAACUUUUUUUUUAAAGGUGCAGUGUGUAAUUUUUAGAAGGAUCUCUUGACAGAAAUGCAAAAGAAUAUACAAAACUAUAUAAUCAGGGGAGUAUAAAGACCUUUCAUAAAGAACCCUUAGGUUUUUAUUACCUUCGAAUGAGACGUUUUUAUCUACAUACCGAGGGUCCCCUUACAUAGAAGCCGCCAUUUUGUGCCGCCAUGUUUCUACAGAAGCCCUUAACGGACAAACUUUUUUUACGAAGCUGUCUCCGAAGAUGACAUGUUUGACUAGUGAUGGCUACCGUAGCUUCUCUAUCCGUUGUAAAAGCGAUGGGUGAGCAGUUAACUGAGCCAUUGGUUGCAAUUCGCAACCUCUCCACUAGAUGCCACAAAAAUUUACACACUGCACCUUUAAUUAACAGUUUUAAAAAGUUUAUCAAUACAUUGGCCUUUUUGUUCAUUUGCGUGAGUACAAUAAAAUGUUUGUGAUUU